CUCUCCUCCCAGUCCCUGCUUAUAACCAACCGGCAGCUUUAUAAUAAGACAACGCUGAAAAAGUCCCUUUAGCGUAUCACACAGCGACAAAGCCACAGGAAGCAGGCGGCAGAGAGCACACUGUGGCUGCUUUUCUUCAGAACAAUAAUUCAGUCUCGUGUUUUUUUUCCUCACGGUUUUUGCUCCCACAGCAGCAGCCGCCUCCAUCCCAGCGCUGAAGGCAGCCUCUCAGCUCGUCCUUGGAUAUCUCCUGUGAAAGGUUGAACGUUCAGCAGCAAACAUGGGCUGCUUUGGUUUCCUCAAAGGCAUGAUGUUUGUUUUCAAUGGCAUCAUCUUCCUGGCAGGUGCUGCCAUCCUCGGUGUUGGGAUCUGGGUGAAGGUAGACAGCGGUUCCAUCCUCGGCUUCCUUGGGAAAAUUGAAAACGUUCCAGCAGAGCUCAGUCAGGUGCUGAACGUCGGCUACCUGUUGAUUGCGAUAGGAGCGCUGCUGGUCGUCAUCGGCUUCCUGGGCUGCUGUGGAGCCAUCAAGGAGAGCAGGUGUAUGCUGAUGCUGUUUUUCAUUAUAAUCCUGCUGGUCUUCAUAGCAGAGGUUGCUGGAGCUGUGGUGAUUCUGGUUUUCAGGCCACUGGCAGAUGAACUGUUUAUGGAGGUUGGUAAAGCUGCAGUUGAGAACAUCAAGAAGGACUACGGGAAAAAUUCUGAUGUGACCGGACUGUGGAAUACUACAAUGAGCACGUUAAAAUGUUGUGGAUUCUACAAUGCGUCAGACUUUACUGGCUCUCCAUAUUAUCUAGAAAACGGCAAGAAAUACCCGCCACAGUGCUGUCCAGGCACUGAAAACCCGUGUAAUCAAACUUACAGCGGCACGACAAUCACUGGUUGCUUCCCAAAGAUCAAGCAGCUGGUUGAUGAGAACACGGUGGUAAUCGUGGGUGUGGCGCUGGGGAUUGCAGCUCUGGAGAUCUGUGCAAUGGUCGUCUCGAUGAUCCUUUACUGCAGAAUAAAAUCCACGAUGGCCUAAAUGCAAACAGCAGACGGAUGACUUUAAUCACUGGAGUCUUUCUACUUCCUGUAUCUCCUCAUGUCAGGUCUCGUGCAAUCAGAAUUACUGAAUGACAUAACAAAUCUAUUUUUGCUACAUUUAAAUUUAAUAGAUGCCACUUAUGAAUGUAUCUUAUCUAUUUCUUAAGCACGCUUCUCUUUAUAAACCCGGCUACACACUGUGUUUGUCACCAGUGAUUACUGUAAAUGUAAAAGAGUGUUGCUGUCUUCAACACUCGGCCAGUUGACGCAGAAUUACACGACACCGUUGUAAUAAUGAAGCAAAAAGCUGGUGUCGAUGUUGGAGACCGGAACCACUACUGUGAAUGUUUUUAUCAGGAUGCAGCUUGUAAAUUAGCAACAGAAGUGAUGCCUUAUUUGUUUGUAAGAUGUCUGUAAAGUGAUCGGUUUUGAAAUAAAGUCCAGGUUUUCA